UGCCGACAAGCAAGCCCACCGUCCUUCAAGCAUUUCAAAGUGCAAUGGCGCUCCUGGCAAAUCCAUAAUGGAUCUUGUCUGGGAAAAGUUGACAAUCAUAUGGGAAUUGUGGCAGGGCAAUUGAAGUGGAAGAGCCGAGGCUUUGACGUCAUUUGAAUGACGGACAUUCAUGAAGACUGCGAACACCACACGGCUUGUGCACUUUUCGACCUCAUGUACCUGGUACUCUGGAACCCACGAAUAAUGGCUGUAUGACUCAACGACGGUAAUGUCGAACAAUGCUCCCAGCUCGAACGCUGAUGAAGAUCUACUCUCACGUCUCAAUGCCCUAAAAACGUCCACCGUUUCGUUUGACCAGACAAACUUUCGGACCCCUCCAGGAACGAAACCGCAAGCCUCCCUCCCACCGAAUCCUGCCAGAGCUCUUCACUCGGAUCUUCUGACGAGAUGGAAGUCUCUUGGGGGAUCCGCUUCUACAAGUGCAAUUGAGCCCGCAAACUCAACGGAAAAAGCAGAAGAUGAGAAAACUGUUGAGGAACUCCUGGCUGAUCUUGGACCAUCUGAUACUUGGGGUGUCGGCAAAAGCGAAGAAGACCAAGUGAAGGAGUUGCUGCAAUCAGCAACGGCUGCACUGAGUGUCGCUCACGAACGAAACGGAAAAUCGACCGAAGAAAAAGGGGGAGACGACGUGGAGAAGUCGUCCGCAACAACCAAACUACCUGCUGUCGACAUUUCGGUCUUUCAACCUAAACCCGACUCUGAAGAGGAGGAAAAGAUAGACGACAAGACCAAAGACACUCUUGAUCACGAGGCUGACGAAUUAUUGGCGAGAAUACUGGACGAAGUUGAACACGAGCCUCCUGAGCCGGAACAGGAGCGUGCAGAUGGUUCAGACGAAGAAGAUGAGAUUGAAGAUGUAGUCACCUCGACUGGACAUCUAACGCUAUCCCUGGAUCUUCCUAGUACGCCUUCAAAGCUUCCUGAUCCCGUCCAACCUCAAGCUAAGCCCGAACCCGCCGACGACGAUGAUCUAGCGUCGCGAUUUGCCGGGUUUGCACUGCCUUCGGUCCCGACAACCAUGAAAUCUACAAGCACCUCAAAGUCUAGUACGAAACCAUCCCCGGGUUACACGGACGAAGACAUCGACUCAUGGUGCAUAAUUUGCAACGACGAUGCCACACUACGAUGUAUAGGCUGCGACGGAGACCUCUACUGUGCCAACUGCUGGAUGGAAGGCCACAGGGGUGAGGAUGCUGGUCUCGAAGAACGAACACACAAGGCUGUUCAAUUCGUCAAGGGUGGUGGAAUGAAGAAGCAACCUAAAAGGAGGGUCAAGAUGGGUGCUUGAAGCCCAUGUGCUGACCAGGUGGUAAGGUAGCUCAAAUUCCUCCAGCCACGGAAAGCAAAAAUUCCGGUUCACACAGUCUCGCCGACACUUCUCUUCUCGUCCACCUCCUCGACUACCAUCAUUUCCGGCGCACGUGGCUGCACCGACCC